CAUCGCCAACUCACCACCGCCAUCGCCCGCUGCCAAUUGACUGCCGCCGCGCAGUUCUCGAGUGACUACAUCCGCGACGGAGCAGCAACACCGCCUACUGCCUCAUCCCCGCCCCACCGCCCACCAUGGGCCGCCGACACCUGCAAGACUUCCGCCCUCUCCGCGUGCGCGACACAGCCCGCCUCCUCUUCGAGAACAAUCGCAUCGCCCAGCGCCCGCUAUGGUAUGAUGUGGCCGGGGACAUCCCGCCCUCACAGCCCUUCGUGCGGCCGCUGAUGCAGUCGGGCUCGCACAAGUCGGUGAAGGGGCGGAAACCCAGCAAAAUGUUCAAGCCCAUGGCUCUGGAAUUCCCCGAGGACGCGCUGCGGAACGAUUUCUACGGCGACCAUCCGUGGGAGCUGGCGAGGCCGAGGGUCAUAUUGGAGGGCAGCGGGUGUGAUGCGAAGCAAUGGGAUUGGUCCAGGAUAGUCCAGCCGGGGAAGAAGCUGGAUGGGGAGAGUGUGGUGCAGCGCCAGCUCUGGCUUAUGACCAACGAGUUCAAGACCCAAUCCGCCGCCUACGACCAAGCCCGCCGCGAAUUCUACCACCACCGCCAUCUUGAAGAGGUCGAGCGGCGUAUCGCGAAAGAGGAGGCUCUCGCAGCCGGUGCUUACUUCGGAAAGGGUCCAUUGCAAGUCGGCAUGGAGCUGGAGGACAAGGCAUACGAGCAAUGGAAGGAGUGGGCCGCCAAGCAGACCGAAGAGCGCAAGCAGCAAACGGCCCAGAUGUACACGGGGCCGGUGGAGGAGACGCCGGAGGAGAAACAGCUGGAUGACUUCGAUGACCUACUGGACGAGGGGGAUGCGGUGCUCGCACCGAGUGAACCUUCGAGAAAUGCGUGAGACCGGUUUGCGGACAUUUGGGGAGCCAUCUGCAAGAACAUUGUAUACUUGCCGUGUCUUCAUCCAUUAAUUCCGGAGGACUCUUACACGUCAAGGAUCACGUGAGUCUUUUCAUACAAUUCGUGAGCUCUCUAUUCUCGCUUUCCAGCGAUCAAGGGAGCUCUUCUCUUGAUGUACACGCCCUCAGCGUCAUUCUGGUAGACCUCUUUCGGUCCAGUAAUAGUCGUGCAAAACUCCAGUUCAUCUUCACUUUAUGGUCUGGGGUCACGUCCAGUGCCUUCAUGUAGCUCUUAUCACACUUUCUUCCCGCUGCUCGCCACCUCUCAACGAAUGAGGUCAAAUCCCAGCGUGUAUACACCUU